AUCCAACAGCUCCCAGGCGUGUUGACCGAUAAAAUCCGCAGCGGUGUGACUCUCAACUCUUUGCCUGAAGCAGUAGCGGAGCUUCUUGCAAAUUCAAUCGACUCUGGUGCUAAAAGUGUUACCGUCAUAUUUAAUCCAAGGGCGCUGAACUUUGUCGUGGAGGACGAUGGGCACGGCAUUGCAAGCCUUGACGCUUUGGGGGUUCGGUACUGCACCUCCAAAAUACGCAGCAUGGCAGACCUCCGCAACGGUGUCCGGACCCUGGGCUUCCGGGGUGAGGCCAUCAGCAGCUUGUUCAGCGUGGCCGAGGAAGUGUGCAUAACGACUCGGGCACGUGGCACGUUCGUGACUCUUAGCAAGCAGGUGAAGUCCGGAGGCAGCCAUGUACAAACAGGGCCGAGCACCGUGCAGCUUGCGCACUCAGGCACCACGGUGUCUGUAAAGAAGUUAUUGUACAACCAGCCAGUCCGGCAGCGU